AUGGCCCCCAGCUUCAUCCUUACCCUUUCGGGCCCCGAUCGCCCGGGCAUCGUCCAUGCCGUCACGGCCUUCCUCGUCCAGCACAACCUGAACAUCGUCGAUUCCUCUCAAUUCGGCGACCUGACCUCUAAGCGCUUCUUCAUGCGCGUGCAGUUUGUGCCUGCCUCCGAGACUGAUGAGGUCCCCGAACUCGAGAAGCUGUGCGCUGCCUUCGAGUCCACCGCACAGUCCUUCUCCAUGGACUUUGAGAUCCACCCCACCACCCAGAAGCCCCGCGUGAUGAUCAUGGUCUCCAAGAUUGGCCACUGCCUGAACGACCUGCUCUUCCGCCAGUCCACCGGCCAGCUUAACAUUGAGGUCCCUUUGAUCGUCUCCAACCACCCCGACUUCGCCGCCCUGGCUGCCACUUAUAACAUCCCCUUCAUGCACCUUCCCGUCACUGCCGCUACCAAGGCCGAGCAGGAGGCUCGUAUCUUGGAGCUGGUUAAGGAAUACGAGAUUGACUUGAUCGUGUUAGCCCGCUAUAUGCAGGUCCUGUCGCCGAAGCUGUGUGAGGCCAUGUCUGGACGUAUCAUCAACAUCCACCACAGUUUCUUGCCUUCCUUCAAGGGCGCCAAGCCCUACCACCAGGCCUAUGACCGUGGUGUGAAGAUUAUCGGCGCGACUGCCCACUUUGUCACCAGCGACCUCGAUGAGGGUCCCAUCAUCGAGCAGAACGUCGUGCGUGUGAACCACGGCAUGAGCCCUAAGGAGCUCACCCACGCCGGUAGUAACGUUGAGAGCAACGUGCUCGCUGCUGCCGUGAAGUAUGUCACCGAGCGCCGUGUGCUGCUCAACGGACACAAGACCGUUGUGUUCAACUAA